GAUACCAAAAUGGCGACCCAAAAAGGUUCCUUGAAAAAUCGCGCAGCUCUGAAUCCAAACAUCUCCAAUUUCAAUGGCCCAUCAGCGGGACAGACCGCGAGUUCAGCGGGAAAACCGGCCAAAGAAGCGGGUGGAAGUGGCACAGGACUGCUCAUGUCAGUCAUCCGAACAUUGUCAGCAAGUGAGGACCUCCACCAGAGAGAAGUUGAGAAGGCCAAACUAGAGAAAGCCUACCGGGAGUGUGACCAGAGGUUGGAUAAACUCAUCUCAGUUAAUUACGACACCCUGACUAAGACCAUCCAAGCCUACAGCGCCAUCUCUGGCCGUAUCAAGUCUGCGCGGGAGCGGGUCAAGAGCCUCAAGUCAGACCUGCUCUCCUGCAAAGACCUGCUGCACUGCCGGCGGGACGAGCUUCGCAAGCUGUGGCUAGACGGGAUGGAGCAGAAGCACGUGCUGACCCUGCUGGAUCAGAUCGAGGAGGUGAGAGGUGUUCCCCAGCAACUGGAUGGCUACCUGAAGAGCAAGCACUAUCUGCAUGCUACCGAGCUCAUCACCAAGACCGUGGCCCAGCUAGAGAGUGACCUCAAGGGUGUGGAGGCCCUCAGUGAACUCAAGAUGGAGAUGUCCACUCGCAAGGAGCAACUACACAAGGUCCUGAUUGAAGAGCUGAGCCAGCACCUUUACGAGAAGUCAGCUGUGACGUUCCAGGUCAACUUCACCCGUGGCGGGUCAUUCCGCGGCUCAGGCCAGGACACCUCGGUUGCUGGCAGUAAGAAGCAGACCCUGCUGGAGCUGGCCACCUUGGCUAAACAGCAGCAGCGGGUAUCCAGGACCCACUCGCAUAGCCUGACGCUGACUGUUCCGGACGGGACAGAGGAAGAGAGCAAGCCAGUCGUGGAGGAUCUGAACGAGGACCCAGAGGCAAAUUCAGAGCACUACAUGGCUGUCUUGGUGGAAUCGUUGUCCCUGCUCAAACGGAUACCAGAGGCGGUUGAGUCCAUCAAGCGAUGUGUGCAAGUGGAACUCUCUAAGAUAGUGCAAAGGACAACGACAGAGGUGGCUGAAAAUGCCAAGCAGCGGGGCGAGAACAUCACCCAGCACAACCAGCCCAAGCUGCUGGUUGAGCUCCUGGAGUUGCUGUUUGAGCGGUUCCACUGCGUUGCCAGUGCACAUGAAUGUGCGCUGGGGUCUCUCCAACGAGCGGCAACAAGUGACAUUCAGCUUUACACGAUGAAUGACAUCUGGUCCAAUAUACAGACAGUUUUGCAAGUGCUUUUGGGUAAUUACCUGGACGUACGGAACAUAACGGCCUCGGUGCAGCAGUCUUCCAGCGCGUUCAGUGAGGCUCUGACCAGUGACUACGGAGUGUAUUUCAGCCGACGUAAAGCGGUGCGGCAGAGGAAAGUUCCCCUGUUCCGCUUUGAGAUGUCCUCCCACGCCAUCAGCCUGACAAACUACAUGCGGGAGCAGAAACAGGAGUACUACGGAUUUGACGGCAUAAUGAAAGUCAAAGAACCUACAAAGGAUGGAACAUUCCAGACGGAGGACGAGAAGGAAGGGGAGGAGGCACCCAUGGUUUGUAAGCCCAGCGUCAAGAACAUCACGCUCAUCUUCAAGCCCGUCAGUAACUUCAUCCGGGACAUCGACAGGGCCAUGAGUCUCCCAAAUGGGCGCCAUUGCACUCUGCACGAGUUCAUCAGCGACUACGUCAAAGAUAUCUUCCUGGGUCACCUCCUGGACGAGAUCGCCACUAACCUGAACACGGCCACCAAAGGGGGCGACGCCCUGAAGUCCCUCGUGGACAACGCCACCCAGAAGUCGUUGGGGGCACCCCGUCCCCUGCUGCACAGCACAGUCAUCAUCGACCACGCUGUCUCGGACCUGCGGCAGCUGAUGAUGGAUCUGCCCACCUACGCCGACCAGUUCCUCAACAUGAUCUGCAACAUACUGCAGGAGUACAAGGACACCUGCAGCGCAAUCUACAGAGGCCUGGUGCAGCCCGAGUCGGAGGACAAGCGCAUCGUCAGCGCCAGCUGGGUCAAGGACGAGGACAUCAACCAGUGCCUACGCCAGCUACCCAACUGGGUCAACCUGCAGGCCCUGAGCAAGCCGGGCAAGGACAGCAAGGACAGUGGCGCGCUGGAGACUAUUGAAGACAUCAGGGAGAGGAACGCCAAGGAAUCAGAACUUCUAGUGACCAACCUGGGCGACAAGAUCUUGCAGAAGCACGAGGUGCUGUGCGACAUCCCCUCACUCAAGCUGCUAGCCAACCUGCACGAAAGCCUGGAAUGGUUCUCCAGUGGUAUACGGUUGUUUGCCGGGUCGUUACCAAGUAGUGGUAUCAACAUGCUCACCACCCCAGGGGGUGUAACACUAGAGGUGCCGGCUGUGGAGAACAGCCUCCUUCACACCCUGAUCUCCCAGGCCAAGGAGUUCAAGGAGCUGGCCGACGUCUGCCUGCUGGUGCUGCAUCUGGAGUUGAGGCUGCAUUGCUUCUACUACCUGCUGCCCGUCGCCAGACAGUCCAGUUUCUACAUCAGCGCCGACAGCGUGGACCCAGACCCCAACGUGCUGAAACUCAACAAGGACCUGACCACGCUCGAGGAAGCACUCAACCCAAGCCUGAUGCCUCACAAGUUCAAGUAUGUCUUUGAAGGCUUGGGUCAUCUCGUCUCCUUCAUCCUGAUCAACAGUGCCCAGUACAUCAAGAGAAUCAACGAAAACGGCAUCAAGAAGAUGUGCCGCAACAUCUUCGUCCUCCAGCAGAACCUGACCAACAUCACCAUGUCGCGGGAGACGGAUUUGGACCAGGCGCGCAACUACUACGAGCUCAUGUACAAAAGCACGGAUGAGAUUCUAAACGGCAUCGUGGAGCAGGGGGCCAGCUUCAAGGAGCUGGAGUACCGCAACAUCGUGCACCUGCAGCAACGUAGCAGCCCCGCCUAUGACCAGAAACACCUGGCCAGGAUGCUCAAGAAACUGGAAGAGAUCAUGAUGGAGGCUGUCUAGGUGUUCCCUUCUCCCGCCCCCAAACCUCCUCUCCCCUCAUCAUUAAAACCUCAGCAUGCCUGCCUUCGACUGGAAACACCUGGCCCAGAUGCUCAAGAAGCUGGAAGAGAUCAUGAUGGAGGCUGUCUAGGUGUUCCCUUCUCCCGCCCCCGAGUUUUUUGUUGAGCCUGAUCUUAUUUUUCAAAAUUUCUCGGAAUGUCUUUCAUACAAAUCCUAGUACUUACCACCUCAAUAAACACCCGUGUCCAUUUCUUUAGUAUUUCUGUACUUUCUGAAAUAGAAUUCGAUCGAGGGGGAAUCGUUUUCAAGAGCAGAGUCUGUGAAAGUGUUGUAUGUGGUAUCUUACCUUUCCUCAACCAACCACACAAGGUUAGUAACAGCAAAUAAGGCCGUUUCACAAUAGUACGCCACCAAGAAUUUGCAAUGUGGUGGCCAUUCACAAUGCGCGAAAUCUGUCGACCCAACGCACGUUAGGAAAGGGUCGACAGAUUUCGUACGUUGUGAUUGGCCAACGCGUCGUAAACUCUUGAGGGUGCACUCUAGUGAAUCGACCGUAUUGAGCAUAUUAAAUAGACACGAGUCCAAAAAAAACCACAGAGUUCAAGUGACCAAAGAUAAUUCACGUUGAGAUUUUGGUUUUGUUUUUCACUUGGUGAUGGAGCCAAGGGAAGUAUGUACAAUAUAGCAUCUUUUGUUCGGAAUUUUAUCUAGAAGUUUGGUAAUCAGUUGCUAUUUUUCAACUGAGAAGCAUUGUAAUUAGAAUGCAUGUGCAAUAUACUCAUGUACAGUGAGGUAGUAAAGAAAAGCUUAUCCAGAAUUUAAGAUGUGAUGUAAAGACGAAUACCAGCUUCAAAAUCAAUUGAUCUGGGCCAAUUCAUGGUGCUGCUAAGAGCACGAGUUUACGCUACAAAGCUUCGGCAUAUUUCACAGAGACUGAAAGCAGUAAACACAGCAGGAGGCACGUGUUCCUCGGAUGAAAAAAUUUCUUCAGGAUGUUAAAUUUGACAUGAACAGAAAGAGGCAGCUUGUAUUAAGGUCAGAAAUAUGAUACCCAUGUUAUCUUUGAGCAAACGUCAUGCGAUACUAAUCGGCCCGUUGCUAUUGUCAGUAUCUCUCGCUGGGCAGUUGAUAUUCCUGCAUGUGUUGCACACGUCUAGUCCUGUAUGUAUGAAUUCUACAACCGUAAAACCACACUCGCGUUCCUUUAUAAUCAGGUUUACUCUGAAGAGAAUGUACUUUUACACAAGAUCAACUGAAAAAUGUGUCAGCAGCUUUUAAGUACCGACGACUACCAGCUAAAUUACUGGCUCAGGAAAAGUUUGAAGGAGCCUUCUGGUUUAUAUUAGGGAGGAAAAAUAAAACCUUUUGCCCGUUUACAGUUUUAAGUGUUUGCUGGCAUUUAGUGUUCCUCUGGUACUUCAGAGAAUUUUUUUUUAAUGUUUUGAAGCUCUGUAUCCCUUAAAGAUCUAUUUUUGUUCGACUUUUUUUAAAAUUUCAUUACAGAAAAAUGCUUGCCCAAUUAAGAUUGAUUUACAUGGUUUUGAUGAUUUUUUUUUGUAAACUGGUUGAUGCCAAAUUCAAAUGCAGCAGGUGAAAAUGCUAAUCCAGCAACCGGAAAAAAUUUAAUAAAAACGUAAGUGUAACUCAUUGUUCA